AUGAUGUCCGAUACAGCCCAUCCGGAUCAGGUAUCUCCUCUUGCUUCAGAAUCGGGGUCCCUCGGAUCGCCCUCUGCGAUCCCAACUUCAGAUGUCGGAACCUCGACGCCUACCAGUCCUGCGAUCUCAGACGUCUCCACCGUGCCGGUAACCGAGUGUGAUCGCUCGGCUGUAGUGACGUCGGCGCAGAUGGGGGAAGGCUCUGGCUGGUUUUCCAUUGCAAUCCCUCUAUCGCGAUCCUCUACUGCUAAAGCCGAGCCGUCUCCAUUUAGCAAUCCUAAGCUUUCGUCCGCUCCCACGGGAACCCGCGAUCCUAAGGGUCGUCGCGAUCUCAAGAAUCGCCAUGAUCCAGCGAAGCCUGCAGCUACUCCGAAACUGGGCAAGCAGAAGCGCCGUUAUCCGGGAUGA